CCGCUGGUCUCCACCCCCCGCCCGGCCCCUCCGCCCGCGCAUGCGCCUUGCCCCCUCCGGCCCGGGGAGGGGGACGCGGACGGGGGAAGAUGGCGGCCUCGAACAACCCGCGGAAAUUCAGCGAGAAGAUCGCGCUGCACAACCAGAAGCAGGCGGAGGAGACGGCGGCUUUCGAGGAGGUGAUGAAGGACCUGAGCCUGACCCGGGCCCACAGGUUACAAUUACAGAAAACACAGUAUUUGCAGUUGGGACAGAGUCGUGGCCAGUACUAUGGAGGGUCACUGCCAAAUGUGAAUCAGAUUGGGAACAGUGCCAUGGACUUGCCUUUCCAGACUCCUUUUCAGUCAUCUGGACUGGAUACAAGUAGGACAACUCGGCAUCAUGGUCUGGUGGACAGAGUUUAUCGUGACAGAAACCGCCUUGGGUCACCACACCGGCGUCCGCUGUCUGUGGAUAAACACGGAAGGCAGGUGGACAGUUGUCCAUAUGGCACUGUGUAUCUGUCGCCUCCAUCGGAUACAAGCUGGAGAAGGACCAAUUCAGAUUCUGCCUUGCAUCAAAGUACAAUGACCCCAGCUCAACAAGAGUCCUUUUCAGGAGGGUCACAAGACAUGCAGCAAAAAAGAGUCUUAUUAUUGACUGUCCCUGGAAUGGAGGAAAGCACAUCUGAAACAGACAAAGCCCUUUCUAAACAAGCAUGGGACACUAAAAAGACAGGGUCAUUGAGGCCUAAAUCAUGUGAAGUUCCAGGAAUCAACAUCUUUCCAUCAGCUGACCAGGAAAACACUACAACGCUGAUUCCUGCUGCACAUAACACAGGUGGCUCUCUGCCAGACCUGACAAACAUCCAUUUCCCUUCUCCCCUCCCAACACCACUAGAUCCUGAGGAAUCCACGUUCCCAUCCCUGAGUAGCUCCAAUAGCACCGGAAAUCUUGCAGCCAACUUGACUCACUUGGGCAUCAGCACUGCCAGUCAGGGAAUGACAACGACGCAAGCCUCAUCCCGGCAGCCAGCUGUCAGUCCCCUCUCACUGAAUGCAGACUCCAGACGACCACAGUCCCAACAGAUAUCUCCUACGCUCUCACCUCUGUCGCCAAUUACUCAGGCUGUGGCUAUGGAUGCAUUGUCUUUGGAACAGCAGCUUCCACCGUAUCAGUUUUUUACCCAGGCUAGUUCCCAGCAACAGACCCAAGUGGCAAGUAGUCUGCCUCAGAAUGCCCCUUUAAUGCAGACUUCUGGCUUACAGCGAGGAGCACAGCUUCCCCCCCUUUCAGUCACAGUACCAUCGACCAUCCCACAGUCACCUCCAGGCAGCCAGACCCAACCUUCCAUGGGCAUAGACAUCAACUCGGCUUCACUCCAGCAGUACCGCAGUAAUGCUGGAUCCCCAGCCAACCAGUCUCCCACCUCUCCUGUCUCCAAUCAAGGCUUCUCUCCUGGCAGCUCCCCUCAACAUUCUUCCAUUCUGGGGAGUGUAUUUGGUGACUCCUAUUAUGAUCAGCAGAUGACAGCUAGGCAGGCUAAUGCCCUAUCCCAUCAGCUUGAACAGUUUAAUAUGAUAGAAAACGCCAUUAGUUCCAACAGCCUGUACAGCCCCUGCUCCACCCUUAACUACUCCCAGGCAGCCAUGAUGGGACUUACUGGGAGCCAUGGCAACUUGCAGGACUCGCAACAGCUGAACUACUCCAGCCAUGGAAACAUCCCCAACAUCAUCCUCACAGUGACAGGAGAAUCUCCUCCGAGCUUAUCAAAGGAACUGACCAGCUCUUUGGCAGGUGUCGGAGAUGUCAGCUUUGAUUCGGAUUCCCAAUUCCCUCUGGAUGAACUCAAAAUUGACCCUUUAACCCUGGAUGGACUGCACAUGCUUAAUGACCCAGAUAUGGUCCUCACCGAUCCUGCCACAGAGGACACUUUCAGGAUGGACCGGCUGUAGACUGAGGACACCAUGAGCCUGGGAAUAAAAUUAGUUCCUGGAGCCCAUCUGAACUGAAGAGUCCAAUGGGUCAGUCAUGUCCGAUUAAAGAGUUACCGAGAGCAGUAGCUCUGUCAUGUACACCAUGUACAAUGAGUAAAGCUUGUUGUUCUAAGCUUGCAGUGCUGCAGACCCCCAUUCCCCGUUGCGCCAUAGUUUAUCCCUUAUCUACUCAUUGCCAUUAAAUGAGUAAGGAGUUUGCAUCAGCCUUCUCCCCUCCAAACCCCCACCAGCGAAGUCCCAGCGUAAGGCUGUCAAUUUAUCCUUUGCACUAGAAGGUGGUGUUUCUGGGUAGGUGAUGAAGGUUCAGAGUCAAGGGUAAAGAGAUUCUCUUUGUAAAAUACCACAUCAUUAGCAUUUGAUCAUUGGCUGUUUCUGUAACUGAUCAACAGCCAUCUCCUUGCGAGACUGAGAGGGGAAACUCUCAGACUACUGACCUCUCACUAACUCUAAAGCAAAAUGCCUGUAUGGCCACCCUCUGGGAAAGGGGGGAGGCUGUUAAUUUUGACUCUCCCAGACUAUUUUGUGACAGUUGCUUUGUAGAGUACAAUGCUUCUCCCUUGAUUGAUAUGCCAUAUUUGUUUUCAGGUUUGUUUCCUUGACUGUUGUCCAGCACCCACUGCCUGUUCGUAUGCCCUGAGCAAACUCGUGUACUUGGCAAAGCAGGAAAGCGGCCUGGUAGCCCAGUGGGCUCUCGGUAGCCGGUUAUCCAAAAAAGCAACUGUAAACACUAUUUCUGGAGCCUUUUUCUUGUUUUAAAUUUCUGAGCACACAAAAAAGUACUAUAAUUCAUUACCUGGUGAGUGUGAAGGAGUGAGUGGAGCAUUUUGAAGCCACUAAAAGUAUAUUGGUGGCUAAGUUGCAGAGAAUUUUAUUUUUAAAUUCUGCUUCUUGUGUGAAAUUCAUAUAGGCAACAGGAAGGGCCGUUGUGUAGCAAUACCCAGCCCAAGUCAUGGUGGCUAUUUUUAUGAUUUUUUUUAUUCUUGUUCGUUGCCUAUUGAAUAUUCUGUUACUGUUAUUUAUGCAUUUUUUUUUAUUUAAGUAUUUGGAUAUUAGAAAAGUAGCUAAACUACAUAAGGCCAAUUGAAGCACUCUGCAUAAUACUUAUACAGUACAUCCUUUUGUGAUUUUUUUAUUCCAGAAAUAUUAUAUAUAAUAUUUUUAACUAACUGGAAUUUGAAGCCAGAUGCUGACCAGAAGUAAGCAAACCCAGGGCAAGUCUGUCAAGUGUUUUGCUGUUUUAUAUAUUCACAUUAGGGUAACAGGAACAUACAUAUUCUUUGACAGGGUUACGGGCCUACUGGAUGGGGGAAGAAGAUAUAGAUGUGAUGGAUCUUGAUUUCACUAAGGUUUCUUGACAGAUUCCCACAUGAUAUUCUCAUAAGCAAAUUAGUGAAACAUGGCCUAGGUUAAGUUACUAAAAGAUGGGUGCACAACUGGUUGGAAAACCAUACUCAAAGUGUAGUUAUCAAUAGUCCACUGUCAAACUGGGAGGGUGUAUCCAGUGGGGUCCGGAGGUAGUCAGUCCUGGGUCUGGUACUAUUCAAUAUUUCAUUAAUGGGUUGGAUAAUGGAGUGGUAAGUAUGCUUAUAAAUUUUGUGGGUGACACCAAGCUUGGAGGGGUUACAAGCACUUUGAGGGACAGGAUUAGAAUUCAAAAUGACCUUGACAAAUUAGAGAAUUGGUCUGAAAUCAACAAGAUUAAAUUCAGUAAAGACAAAUGCAAAGUAUUACACUUAGAAAGGAAAAAUCAAUUGCACAACUACAAAAUGGGGAAUCACUGGCUAGGCGGUAGCACUGCUGAAAAGGAUCUGGGGAUUAUAGUGGAUUACAAGUUGAAUGAGUUAACAGUGUGAUGCAGGUGUGAGGGGAAAAAAGCUAAUAUCCUGGGGCUUAUUAACUGGAGUGUCAUAUAUAAGACAUGGGAGGUAAUUGUCAUGCUUUACUUGGCGCUGGUGAGGCCUCAGCUGAGUACUGUGUCCAGUUCUGGGUGCCGCACUUUAGGAAGGAUGGUACUAAAUUGGAGAGUCCAAAGGAGAACAGAAAUGACAAGGUUUAGAAAAUCUGACCUUUGGGGAAAGGGUAAAAACACUGGGCAUGUUCAUUCUUGAGAAAAGAUGACUCGGGAUCUGAUAGUCUUCACAUAUGUUGAGGGCGGCUAUAAAGAGGAAGGUGAUCAGUUGUUCUCCAUGUCCUCUGCAGGUAGGACAAGAAAUAGUGGGCUUAAUCUUCAGGAAGGGAGAUUUAGGUUAGAUACUAGGAAAAACUUUCUAGCUACGAGGGUAGUUAAGCUCUGGAACAGGCUUCCAAGGGGGGUUGUGGAAUCCCCAUCAUUGGAGAUUUUUAAGAACAGGUUGGACAAACACCUGUCAGGGAUGUUCUAGGUUUACUUGGUCCUGUCUCAGCGCAGGGGGCUGGACUUGAUGACUUUUCACGGUCUCGUCCAGCUCUACAUUUCUAUGAGUCUGGGAUAUUUCUUCUGCAACCCUGGAAAAAAUCACUUGCUAAUAGUGAAAUGUACUGUGUCCUAGCAUGCCGAGGCUCUUACAUUCAUAGUAGACUACUUCUGUUAGUCACAGCGAAUAUUCUCUGGUACAGCAUAGCGGAAUGGUGAAUGAUUUAAAAAAACAGACCACCCAUAGUUUCUAAAAUGAUGAUUUCACUUAAAUGUAAUGGCUGAAAUUGACAUAGAAUAAUGAGUCCUAGAUUCCUGACACUAGGUCACUCUUUUACAAAUCUGAGAAAUAGGAUUUGCUGUUCACCAAGAGGCCAGUGCACUUGCGGUACUUGUCGGAGAAGUAUAGCUGUUAAAAUGUUGUGCUCAUUGCACUGUAGUCCUCCCGGUAAGAGAACCCACAUACAUGACCCUUCUCAGCAGAAGUUAAAAUUUACAUUAUUUGACUUGUACUAACAGAAAAUAUUUGAUUACAAAUAGUAUAUUGAAUGUGUUAAUGAAGGAAUUACUACAAAAAGAGAGAAUAUUUCCCUGCAGCAGGGGCUGAACAUCCAAAUAUAUUUUUGAUAAAUACAAUUUCAAAUAAAAAAGCCUUCUUAACUUAUAUUUAAAGACAUCAUUUGUUUGUUUGUUUUUCCCCUUUCAGGAAUGGUGUUUAUUCUCCACCCUCUCCAAAUCUUGUUCUCCUAUUGACUGAGUUUGCAUUGCCCUGUUUUGCAUUGGUCAAAAAAUGCAAGAGUUAGGGUUUGUUUUUUUUUCCGUUAUGAAAUUUUUUAUCUAAAAACAUCCCCCAACCCAAUCAGCCCACUCCCCAAAAACCUUUCCCUUCCCUUUUUUUGAGCAAGGAAUGUAAAUGUCCAUGGCAAAAGUGGGCUACUUCUAAUGAGUUAUAGCUAGGUUUCUGUGUGCUUCCAGAAAUCCGUGAGGUGCUGUCCUGAGAUGCACAGAGACACUGCUAAGCAGAAUUACUGCUGGGAUCUUAUAUAAUGGGGAUGCGUGUUUGCUCACAUAUUUGUGCCAUUAGUUGACCAUUUGCACUAAAAGUGAUGUGGGAUUUUUAUUUUUUCUGUCUCAUAGCUUUUGUGUAAACUUCUUGCUAAAGGAUGGUUUUCUUUGGUUCCUCUCCACUUAAUUGCAAGGCUAUCCUGCAUCUCCAUUUAUAAUGUUCAUCAACAUUUAAGCCUGAUGUUACAUGUUACUCACAAAGUCUGCUUAUGUCAGAUUGCUAAUGCUUUGUCAAUUAAAAAAAAAAAAGGUAGCUUUAAACAGGAGGUUACCCUAAAAGAAUGUGAGUAAUUUGGGCACAGAUGAUAUGAAGUUCUUUGCUUCAAAACAGCCAAAGGUACAGUGUGAAUGGAGUACACUUUGUGCAGUUACUUAAUCUCCUUGACAGUACUGUUAGUUCAUUGAUUGGAUCUCUGUCUAUAUCAACCUCUUGUUCAGAUGUCUCUUAUGCAUGUAAAUCCUUGUCUGUGAUGAUCUAUUUUUUUAAAACCAGAGUCACUUAAGAGUGAAGCAUCCAGUUAGGAAUUCACAGACUCCUGACUGGAUAGUUUUACAGGGAGAUAUCGCUAAAUGCUACCUUCUAUUUUUUUUUAAACUACACGUGUAUAUAGGAGAGCUUGUUUUAGACUUGUAAGUAGACAUUUUAAAUGGCCUUAAUUUAAAAAAAAAUAUAAACCCAUCUAGAUGCAAUUGUCAAAAACAAAAUGUGUGUGUGUAUGGGGGGGGCAAUUAGGGACCAUCUAGUUAGGAGAAAUAUCUUUACUUUGUGUUUCUUUUCUGGAGGGGGUAAGAGGAGAAGAAGAGGAGAUCAUGGGAAAAGGAGAUGAUGAAUGUGUAUGAAAGAAUGUGCUUCAUCUCUUUAGCCCCAGUAGGGGGCAGGCUAGCUGCUUUCAUUUUUAACCCUUUGCGAAUCAGAGCGGUUAUUUUAGUACAGUGUCAGUAACAUUUCAAUAGUUUCUGCACUUUGCUCCCUGAGAGAGUGGCCUGUUGACAGCAGCAUGUGUGCUCUAUUCUAGUAGAAGAAUAUUUUCCCUUUCCCUUUAAAUCUGAUUUUUUUAACAGUUGUGUAUGAGUUUACAUUAUUUUAAACAAUUAAUGUUUAAAGUUUUUGAGUUCAAACACAGGGUGGAUCCCCAAUGCUUUCAGAACGUAAGUAGAUUUCUAUUUCAUUUUUAAGUUAAGUAGUACCGUUUGCAUUUUCUACUCUGCUUAUGAGGGUGGUAGAUGUGGAAAAGCAUUGGCCAUUAGAAUAAAGGAACUGUUGAUGCUUGCAGAGAUACUUGUGGGAGGAGGGGAAGAAAGGACAUUGCUUGGGGAAAAAUAAGAUGAAAAAAUUGAAGUAUUAAAUUAGAUGUAAUUGUUUUUUAAACAGUCUCAUGUCUCAAAGGGUUAAUGUCCAAACAUAUACCUGCUGAUUGAUUUCUGUAGAGCUGCGUUUUUAUAAGAAUUUCCCAAGACAGACUGUUGCAUUUGCCAAUACUUUGGGGAAGUAAUAGGAGUAAACUCUCAAUGUAUAAAGUACUGUGAUUUAAAAAGAAAAGUAGAUUUCUGCUUUUUAUUGCAGCUUAAGUGGUGGGCGGGACGGGAGAAGCUCUUUUGCAUUGUAUAUAGUACUGACUUUGCAUUCUCUUUAAAAAUGGAUCUGCACAGGCCGAGUUAUGAUAGUUCUGUAUGCUGCAUGCAUGGUUGACCGCAGGCAGCAUCAAACGUUUGUCUCACUACUGCUUCUGCAUGUUAGUGAACACUUUGCCAGCAUUCUUUAACCGUGCAAAAACCCUUUCCUGUACAGAGAGAACCUUUGCUUUAAAAAAAAAAAAAAAAAAAAAGUGGAAAGAAAGAUGUUGACUUUUAAUUAUGGCAGAAACUAUUGAUAAUUUAUGGACUGUUUUUUUGUUUCCCUUUAAAACAAAAAAUUGUGCCCGAGAAUACUGGUGCAAACCCUCUUAACAAAGGUGGUUGCUUAAAACUCCCCGCUAGGAGACUUGAGCCACACACAGUUGGUAAUAACUGGUACAGGGUUCUUUCUGAUUAAAUUCCACUUCAGAGUAAGCUAUGAAUUGUUGUUUCUUAGCACUCCUACAGAAACAGAGCUUUUAUUUAAGACUUGCCCUUCCCUUAUUAGGAUAUUACUCAAUUUGGAAACCACCUCAGUGUAUAAUAUGGAAGAGGAAAUCCCCCUCAUCGUACGGUUGGUUAAAAUGUACUCUGUGCUUUAAGGAUGAAAGCAUUUAUUACUUGGGCAAACGGACCCCCUGUCACUGUGAUGGCAACGUGAAAGAGCAGUUAGCGUUUAUUAUAUGUAUAUGUUCUCUUUUUAAACAAGGAAAAACUUUGUAGUGCUCCUGUUAUUUGUAUUUUUAGUUGCUUACUAUUUAUACUGUGCAGUGUAGGCAUGGAUUGCAUGUCAGUUUUCUAUGCGGGCACCAUGAUGACAUUACGAUAACUGUGUAUUAUAAAUCAUUUUUACCUUUUUAAACAGAAUCAUUGUGUGGAAUUUCUAUACUGCAAAACAAAACACUACAUUAAGUACUAUAUUCAUUUGUGUUAUUUAUUUUUUUUUGUGGGUGGGAGGGGGUGGUUUUAACUGUGGUGUAUAUUGCCUUAUAUGUGGGCGUGACCGACUUUAUCAAAAUAAAGGCAUAAAGGGGUAAAUAUGCUUACUGUUUUAUUCAGUAAUACAAUGUAGGGCUGCCACAGAGGUAGCUGCAGAAAAGUAUAUUGUACAAGCAUAGAAAGGGAAGCAGAUAUAUAGUAUAUAAAUCUUUAUAGGACAGGAAAUCCAGCUUUGUGUUAUAGACUACAAAUAGCAAGCAGGCUUAAAGUCCCAUGAGCAAUUAAAAGUUUUUAUAUGGUGAUUAUUAUGCCAAUCAUUUUGUACUGAGUAUUAUCAAAGCCCAUUCUAACCUGUUCCAGCACACAUAAUGUACAUUCUAUAGUCUGAGGAAGCUCAAUCCAGUAAAAGUUUUGGUUUGGACACGCCCUAAGAAAUCUAUUCUCCUGCACCCUGUUGAUUGCAGAAACUUGACAGACGGUACAGUUACCUGCCUUUGCCAGAGGUUGUUGCGUGUUUUCUGAGUUUGGAGUCUCAAGGAUACACUGGAGCUGUACAUUGUGCUGUGGGUUGCUGAAGGCUGCAGACAAGUCAGGCAAUAAGAAUUAUCAAAGAACGUAAAAGUUGUAUUUUAAAAGAAGAGAGCGAGAGAACUCCUGUUUGAGGCUGUAAUUCAGUUUGCAUGUGGUCUAUAUUCACAGAUUACAGAGCAACAUAUUAACCAGGGGCUUGUGUAUUUAAAAACUGCACCAGAAAAUUGUCCCUAAUACAAGACUUCCGAUAAUAGUGUUCUUUGUAGUUUGACCUCUCCCUGUACACCCCCCACACCUUUCAGUCUGCAUUCAUGUCUUCCUAUAAUGCGAAAAUAUAAGGAGGCAUGUUUAAAGCCACAGAAUUUCUCUGUUCUGUCCUCAGCUUUCAGAUGCACCUAGAAUCUGUUGGACUCCAUUGUGUUUCUUUUCCCCUUGAAGUAGUACUGCAGGAACAUACAAAGCUUUGGGGAGAGUAUUCAUGCGCAAACAAGUAGAGUAGAACCACGGCUUGGGGGGCCCGCACGGUUGUGGUAUAAUCUGUGAUAAUGGCUGUCAUGUUUCCAAAUUUCUUUGCCACGGAGUAGUGAGUUUUUCUUCUAAUUUUGUGUCCAUCUAAUUUUCAAUACCAAAAAAUUAGUUCACUUGCAUUUAUUGAUGCUUUCUAGAUGCAAGUGAAGUGAAGAGCCUGCCUACUCGACGCCUGUGUUCUCCUAGACGGGCUGGGUAAUACCCGCUCAAAGGCACGUGUCGCAGGUCCUACAGCCUGACAUGUUCAGUGCAAUAAAAUCAAGGAUUGAAGAGUUGGUCUAUUUGUUGUGCAAGGCUGAAUGUGAAUCUGUAAGGAGACUUCACAGAGCUGGAAUAGGUGUGCUGCUCUGGUAGAACCUAGCUGAGUUGUGAGCACUGGCCACGAGUCACGAAUUCCUAACAGCUGCGUGCUGUAGGUGCCUUGACUCCAGUUAGUGUGGGAUCAUUGUGGUUUGUAUGUGGCUUUAGUCUUAUGUUGGAUCGAGAAAGGAAUGUGCCAUUGAAUUAGCGCUCUGACCACCGCUACAACAGUAUCUGCAGCAGUUUUCACGUGCCUUCCCUCCAAGAAAGGCACCUAGCAGACACUACAGGAAAGGCGGUAGGUAUACUGAGCUUGGCGGAGAUGAAUUACAAGUAACAACUCUCCUGAUUUUCUCAAGCUAUGACAGCCAAAUAUUAUUGCUAACUACUUAUGGGGGAUAUUUUUAAAGGCACAAAAGGGCACUAUUCACCCAGCUGCCAUUGAAAGUCAGUGGGAAUUGAAAAGGAGUACUUGUGGCACCUUAGAGACUAACCAGUUUAUUUGAGCAUGAGCUUUCGUGAGCUACAGCUCACUUCAUCGGAUGCAUAGCAAAUUGGGAAUUGAGUGUCCCGUUUGCAUUUGUAAAACUCCCCUUAGAUGCAUAGUGACACAGUAAUUGGGGGCUAGUAAUUAAAACCAGAGCGGUUUUUAAUGUAAAGUGUAAUAGCAAAGUUUCAUAAUAUAAAUCCCUUAACUAGAGAGCAGUGCUAUACAUGACAUUUACUUCUUAUGUUCCAGUUUCUGCUGAAGGGAAUGAUGGCCAUCUCCUCAAUACUAGCUUCAUUUCACUGUUGCUCUUUCGGAGUGUACAUCACGUAAAUGAGGGAGAGAGACGUGCAUAAAUAGAUUUGAUUUAAUUUUAGCUUGACUCUUUUUUUUCUGGAACGCUGGAUUGUAUAUUAAAUAGCUACAGGAGAAUGGGACAAAUUAUGUAUGUUGAAUUUCUGACUUGUAGUUUCCACCUGCCGGAGAAUCAGCCAGAUGAUGUAAUCUUAGGGUUUACUGGUAUCUCUGAAGAUCCUGUUUUCUGUUAAAUGCAUUUUAAUCUGGUACAUGGCCAAGCAUUAAUGCAGCAUCAUGAUUCAGCGGAGGAAACAUCUGUGGUGAGAUCUUCUCUGUAAAAACAAAAACACAAAACGUUAACGUCUCUUAGCCAGUCUCCAGCGAUCUGCUGGGAAGCCACGUGUCCUGUUAAGUAGUACCCAGGUUAGCAGUGUCAGCGGUGUAGAGCUGGCAAUAAUUGCCUUGUUUGGGGGUGUUUCACAUUUGUUGUCAGAGUCCCAAUCCAAUUCUCAGUCAUUAUCUUAAUGGCUUUUGUGUGUUCGGCUGCAGUUGACUGUGGAGCAUCUGCACUGACAUAUGUCCAGGUAGGGCCAGGGCACUUGCUGAACAGAUCUGCUGUGUCACUCAGGAGUGAAGCGCUUCGAUGAUAGGUAUCUAAGAGAGAAAAGACUUCAAAAUAUAACAACCCCUCUCACGCAACAAUGGGAUUGGGGGAAAUUAAUAUUUCUGUUGAUGCUGCAAUUUCAGUGUCUGGUUUAUCCAGUUACACAGCUGCAUAUUGGUAAUUUUAUGAAAGCUCUUGGCAAUUGAAAGGUUUGCAUCCCUUUUGGAAGGAAAGUUGAGAGCUGGAGAACACAGCAAAACACUGAAGCUGUUUCACUGUGAACAGAUCUGGCUUGCCCUGACUAAUGAGAACUUGCAGUAGCUAAUGUGAUAGUGGCAAAACUUUUAAUAAUUAGAACAAGAACCAAACACCUCAUGAAACACCUCUUCUGGAGCUAGCAACAACUAUCAGGAAGCUGUGACUAUAGUGCCUGCAUUUUUCCCCAAACAGUGUCCUCCCUGCAGGUUUUUCAUUAUAGUCCUGUAUUCAACAGCUGCCCAGGCAUCGUGCAUGUUGCAAGCAGUAGUAAAUUCCUGGAGACCUCAAACGACUUUUCCACACCCUGGUGGCAGGGUGGAAGCGAAGAGGACAGUGUUAACUAUUUUACUUCUUAAUUUUGCUUUCCAGCACUCACUAUAACUUACAAAUUUUUACUUUUUAAAUUUGUUGAGGGUGCUGAAUAUUUCUUUGUAGAUAAAAUAUACAGUGAGGGGUGUGAAUGAGUGGAAGACAGCUCUGUGACCUGGCUUCAGGACAAAAACUGACCACAAACCAGAUUAUAUGGCCAAAACAUGGUAUAUGCAGGAGCUGUGCAUGGGACCGUGCCAAGGGUAGAGGUAGUCAUAGCUUCUCAAAACACUCCCUUCAAACAUUAGGAAGCUAGAGUCCAGUAAUCGCAGGAAGCCCCUUUCUAUGCCUGGGAAGAGAAUGAGUUUGCAUUUUAUAAGUCACUAAUUCUGCAGGUUUUGUUUUAAAUGAGCAUUGGACUUUGAACGCGUGCAAUGCUUGGAAAUCUAAACUAAAUCCAGCUGACUCUGAAAGCUAAUUAUCUGUUUCAAAUGAUUUAGCUCUCAACUAACAAUUUUAGAUUCAUCUGUGCAGAAAGGAGCAUUUUUCUGAGCGGGGGUGCUGGGAUUCCUCCCUCUCCAUGAAGUAGAUGUCUCCUACACUGCCUGAUUGUAAAUCAGGAGUGGGCUGCAGAGCCUGGCACAUUAGCAUAAAUCCUCUGGAAGAACGGAGAGUGCUCAUUACUGAGUUAAAGAAGGCCUCCCACUCUCACAUCCACCUUGCAGGCAUGUCAGGCUGGGAAGUUGCUUCAUACCUAUAAAAUCUGGCAUGCAAACUUUGUGGCCAGUGGGUGUUGGAAGGUGUCAUCGUUCUAGCGGCUCCAACUCCUGUUCAGUAGAGUAUUAGUAAAUGAAGUGAAUUUGUUUAAAAAUUCUAUUUGGAAUACAGAGUCUCUCCAUUCUGUUGUGUCAGCACUCUUAGAAGUGAACAGUUCUCAGCAUGGAAUCUGUGCUGUGGGGUAGAACAGAUGUAACACAUCUGCAGUACCCAGAAGUGGGAGUACAGAAAGGCUCCCAACGCCAUGUGGGGGAUAGGAUGCUUGGGUCUGAGCUGUGAACCUUACUGCUGUGUUCAGAGUUUCUUCCUAUAGUGUGUGUUGCAAGCCAGCAUAGUCUAAGGCUUUUAUACAACUGUGUGGGUGUGUGUUUGUUUAAAAUGAGGUUAGAUAUGAAGAAUUAAACAAUUCUUUGAAGCGUGGCAGUGGUUUUCCUAUGUUGAUGUGUAGAGCUCAGUUCAACUAGGUUGAAUGAGGUGCUUGCUCCAUGUUACUGUAUUUCUCUUUGUUUGCAUUUUUGUUUAAUAUUAGGAUCAAGUCUGGCAUCUUUUGUAGUAUUUUCCUUAAGGUUUGUGUGGUAGAUGAGUCAGAAUGAGAUUGGAACCGUCAGUGUUAGAAUCAGUAUGAGCAAGUUGGAUGUUUAACAUGCUAGAGAGUGAGUGACAAAGGCUGACUCACGAUAUUUUUCUGUUUGGCUGUUAAAUAUGUUUUCACAGUUCCUGAUAUCUGUUUAAAAAAGGUCAAGUGACUCAAAAAUCCUAGUGAUCUCCCCCCUCCCUUUUUUUUUUGGAGGGCAGAGCAUAAGUUAAAUUGGGUUUAGGGCUUGCAAAAAUUAAGUUGCAACCAAUAUUAACCUAAGCUCUCCCCUGCUGCUCCCAUCCCCUUGAAAGUUUACAUUCUUUAACUAAAGACAAGAGUCUGAGCCUCAUCUUCGUGCACUUAAUCAGUCAAGAAUGAUAUUCUGUUUCUCAGGGCUCCUAAAAUCAGAUGUGACAACAAAACCAGCUGGUGAUUAUACUGAAGAAAAUGCAGAUCUUAAAAUCACAGAAAAGAGCAAUGGUAAAGGCCUCUUGGGUUUUUCUGCCCUAAACUCUUUGGGGCAGCCGAUGUCUCAUUUUGUGCCUUUUAAGGUGCUGUCUGUUAUCAACCCUUAAGAGUGAGUCCCCUUUGCUGGUGCAGGACUCUUCCCUACGUUAUGGUCAUCAGUAGCAUUUUAAAUGUCUCAAGAGCUUUUACCUCUUCCGUUUGGAGAUUAACUUGAAGUCGAGAAAAAGGAGAGCACUGAUUUGGGUCAUCUUGCUUUGAGACUGCCAUGUCAGUUGAAUGAAAUACAAAUUGCUUGACUAUGACUCUUUUAAAAACUCACUCAUGUGAAUGUUUAAUGUUAAAAACAUUCCCCAACAUUAUAUAUUCGAAAAAGCACACCUACUGAAUUCUGUCAAAGGGAACUCAUUUCUGCAAGCCCUAAUUAUAGAGUAAACUUGAAACAAAGCCUUUGUUUUUUUCAUAAUUGCUGUUAGGAUUUUUCAAUAUCAACAUUUAAAGCUACAGAAAAAGAUGUUUAUGGGGAGGGAAGAUGGUGGUAUGAAAGGGAAGUCUCCAUCCUACCCAUUGGUAGAGUGUCAUUUUUUGCCAUGUGUAAGUUUGCUAAUGUACAUUUAAAAAAGAUUAGCCUGAGAUGUGUGCUGAGUCAUGUGACCGUUUUCUCUUUCCUAAACUUGUGACGCAAGUUGUUGCCUGAAAAGCUUAAAUUGUCGCAAUUGAGAGUAAGUGACAGAGAAGUGGAUUUCCUCAGAUGGCAGGAGUUUUAUAUAAGUAAUGAAUCUUAGCUAAAUCUGUGGAAGUAGGGUAAGGCUCAUUGGCCAGUUCGAAGGCAGUCUGAUCUAUCUUGGAUCACCCUGGAAAGCAAAGUAUCAAGCAAUUUACUGAAAGGCUGUUGUACCUUCUGCUGGUUUUCAUUAGAAACGUGUCUGCUUUCAGAUGCUCCCUCUUACUCUGUCUUCUGAACUGUUGUAUUUAUACAGUAAAUGAAGUGUAAGGUUCGUUUGUACAUGUCCUAUGGACUAUUCAAUCCAAUCUUUUUAUAUUAUGGCUUAGAAAAAAAACAAUGGAGGGUGUUUCUAUUUAUAAAUCUAGCGUAGGGACUCAUUCCUGCCACUGUAAUAAUGGUGGGUCAGUAUUUACAUGAGACAUUUUAGGGGUGUUAACUUGAACAUAGAAAUUAAGUCUGGUUUGAAAUUUAGCAUACAUGCAGAAAAUUAUUGAUUAAAAUCAGUUCUGGGUGUUCGGUAGUGAAGAAAAAGAAAACGAGUAGUUGUCUUUAUGCUUUACAUAAUGCCACAAGAGUUUCAGUUUGAGAGGGAAAGGUAGUUAUCCAGCCUAAUUGUUGGCCUAAUUAUUGUUGGAAUCUGGAAGAAAAUUAAACAUAAGGAAGAUAAGCAGGUAGAAAAAUCUUCCUUUACUUGCAGAGUAGACGAUACAUAUAAGUAUUGUAUAUAUAAAAUAUAUAGUAUUUAUGGGACAAAGUAUUGAUGGAAAUAGGACUCAUUUAAACAAAUCUUUGUCUUUACUUACUAGAUCCUAAAUAUUUAUGGCAUGAGCAUUUAUAAGCCUUGAUACAUGGUAUAUGUGUAUAAAUAUAUGUAUUAUACACAUCCAGAUACUAUUUGGUCAGCAUUAUAAAGCAUAGCAAUUACAAAUAUUGUAUUUCAAUCCGUUCUAAGUAAAAGGUCAGUAGAUAUCAGGGUUUUGUUUUCUUUUGGAGGGAAUUGGAAGUUGUUGUUUUUGUUUUUAUCUGAGCGGGGUCCCCAUCUUUGAUUGGAUUCCUUUAAAAGAACUGCAGAUCAAAUGCAAUAGGAAAGUACUUAUGAAGGGAAGGUUUGAUUUCAAUAAAGUUAAAUCCAGCUGCUUCUGGCAGCUUCUCUCACAGACUGGCAGCUAAAAACAACUUCAUGUAGUUCAGAGUUUGGGGGAAAAAGUGUUGGAUUUAUGUAUUUUCAGAGACAGUAUAAUAUACUGUUCUUUACAAGCUAAACUUUUCUAUCAAAAUAACUUGUGGAUUAUUUCACUGAUAUAUGCAAAUCCUAUAUUCAGCUACAGCUUUGGUGACCCAGGAACUCUGGAGAAAUUGUCCCUGCGACAUAGAAGUUUAAUUUAUUGUGCUUUUCUAUAGGUAAAGUGGAAAACUGAAGUUGGCUUUAAGUGUUUGCAAUCUGAGAAAUGAUGUGAAAAAGCAGCUCAACUAAAUGUAGAUUCUUUUCGAUCCUUUUUGUGUGAAGGCUUUUGUCUUUGUAUCUUUGCAUUAUUUGUAAAUGAAAUGUAAUAAAGUUCAAAUGGUUUUUCGUC